AUGGCUGACGACGUGGCAAGCACUUCUACUGGAGAAGGAACCUCGCUGUUACCACCAGACGAACCAACAGGGCAGCACGGUGAUUAUGGCCUGGUGAAACCAAAAGAGACCUAUAGGGGUUCGGUUUGUAACGAGCAAAGAGGGCACGAAAAGGAUGAGAAAUGGCUGGUGAAGUUGGAGAAGCAUUUCCAAGAAGUUGCAGGAGAUAAUAACCUCAUUGAUUUGGACGAGUUUAUGAAUGCACUGAACGUGAAGAAGCACUCAACGGCGACUGCCCUUCUGAAUGUCACAGAAGACUGGUUGGAUAGUGUGGAUAAAGGGGACAUUGUUGGAAUGGUCACAAUCGACCUUAAAAAGGCUUUCGACACGGUUGACCAUGCUAUCCUCCUUGAUAAGCUGAAAUUGAUUGGACUUGACAAAAGGGCUUGUGAAUGGUUCCUUAACUACCUGACUGAUAGAAGACAGUACACGGUUGUAAAUGGUGUAAAAUCAGACGAACUGAAUUCCUUCUUUGCUGAGCGGUUCUUUGAGCUAAUUGACACGGAUCAGUCAGGGAGUAUCAGCUUGAAGGAACUGAUAGGUGCUCUGCGACAUCUUGUCAAUGGAACAGAACAAGAGAAACUUCACUUUCUCUUCCAGGUUUAUGACGUAGAUGGUAGCGGAUUUAUCGACUUUAAUGAGCUCAAGACGGUCCUCCGAUCUUGCAUAGCUGAAUCUGCAAUCACCCUGACCGAUGAAACAUUGACGGAGCUCACUGAAAUCCUCAUCGACGAUGCCGAUGUCGAUUGCGAUGGUGUGGUCAGCUUUGAAGAGCUUUCUGAGCAGCUCCAGCGGUACCCUGGAAUUACAUCCAAUCUCACCCUCAGUGCGGCUGAGUGGCUGAACCCUGAAACAAAGAAACCUAAAAUUCAAUCACACACAUCGACAUAUUGUAGCUAUCAUACACUCCGCAAUCACUUCUCCGACAUCCUCUUCUGGAUCGUCUUCGUGAUGAUCAACGUUGGGUUGGCAGCAUGGGGUGCGUACGAAGGCUAUCAUAGCGUCAAUGAUGAGAGGCAUCCAGCGGCAAUAUCCAUCGCCAGAAGUGCAGGUCGCUGUCUCAGUUUCGAAUGUUGUUUUGUCCUGGUCCUGAUGCUUCGGAAGCUGCUGACGAUAUUACGUAAUACAUUCCUGAUGUCGGUGCUCCCUCUCGAUCAGCAUGUCAUAAUCCACAAGAUUGUUGCCGUCUUCAUCAUCAUCUUAUCUGUUAUUCACACAGCCGGUCAUAUUGCAAAUAUCGUAUUGAUCUACCAGGCUGAGAAGGUAAAUGGCACAACGCCCGCAUGGAUUCGUGAGAUCUUGGUCCGACCUUUUGCCGGUCUUGGCCUUGUUGAAGGUUCUUGUAUCAUCACUGGUAUUUUGAUCAUCAUCGUACUCAUUAUUAUGACGAUCUGCUCAUUACCCUUUAUCAGGAGGAAUGGAUACUUCAAAUCUGUCUCUGUCUCUGUCUCUCAGGUGUUUUACUGGACACAUCAGUUGUGCAUUGUUUUCUGGUGCUUGAUUAUCAUACAUUCGAAGUACUUCUGGAUAUGGUUUAUUGCACCAGGCAUAAUCUACCUUGCAGAACGCCUUCUACGUCUUCAGUUCUUUAGACGAGCACGAUUUGGUAAAGUCUACAUUCAGAAAGGAUAUGUGUUACCUGCUAAUGUUGUACAGCUUGUUAUCCAGCGUCCCGCUAAGUUCGGGUUCCACGCUGGAGAAUACAUCCAUGUUAAUAUUCCAUUCAUAGCAUCUCAUGAGUGGCAUCCUUUCACUAUUAGCAGCGCACCAGAACAACAAGAAUACUUGACUCUUCACAUAAGAUGUGUGGGACAUUGGACAAAGCGACUCUACGAUGUCGUCGGAGAACGUGAGCUUACUCUUCUUGAAGACGAAGCACGCUUCGGCGAGAUCAACAAAGAUCACGACACACCUUUAGAGGUCAUCGUUGAUGUUAGUUCUACCAAGAGUACACCCGCCGUCGAGCCUAACAGCCAGCAGAGCACCACCUCGGAUAUACCUGUUAAUAAUAAUGGACGUAGAUCUUCAAAAACAUACAGCAAAAGAAGGAGAGCCGCAAGUGGUGCAACCAACUUAGGCUUCGAGCCAGGAUUACCAGAUGAUGUAGCUUCUCAAGGUGAUUCGCAGCCUCACGCAGAGCCGGGCGAAAUAUCUAUGACUUUAGCGGUCAAAGGCAACAGUUUCAAAAUGAAAUCGUUGAACCCUCGCCGAAGCAUUGAUAUUCAGAAAGGGAGAAGCGUCGAUGGGAAGCCGAACGACAAUGUUAACAGGAAGACGAGUUUAGUGACGUUAAGAAGGAAAGGUGCCCGACAUUUGUUGGAUCUUUCAAAGGAUUUAGGCGGUAGACCUCACACUGGAUUGGAAGUUAUAUUAGAUGGUCCGUAUGGGGCACCUGCGCAGCAUAUCAUGGAGGCUGAGCAUGCCGUACUCAUCGGGGCAGGAAUAGGCAUCACACCCUUUGCCUCUAUCCUACAGAGCAUACACGAGAGAUAUAAGGCGGCCAGGAAGCAAUGUCCAAACUGCAACCAUACUUUGGUGACCGAUUCAUCAUCUAUCCUGAAAUCCAAGAAGGUGGACUUUGUUUGGAUCAAUCGUGAUCAACGUUCCUUCGAGUGGUUUAUCAGCCUCAUCAGCGCCAUCGAGUUGGAACAGGCUGAGAUACCCGUAGCAGGUCGCUUUCUCGACAUCCAUCUCUACAUGACAUCAGCUCUCUCACCCAGUGACAUGAAGGCCAUCGGACUCCACGUCGCUCUUGAUCUCAUCCAUAAGAAGAAAAAGCAAGAUACGAUCACGGGCUUGAUGACGAGGACCAAGACUGGAAGGCCGAAUUGGGACGAGGUUUUCCAAAACCUGCAACAGCAGCACAAAGGCAAGAUCACUGUGUUCUUCUGUGGCUCUCCUGCUCUAGGAGAGAUCCUCUCAACCAAAUGCUUACAGAACCAAAUGGAAUUCAGACAGGAAAACUUCUAAGACCAUGAAGACAUCUUGUUUUCAAGAAUUGACCGAACACAAAGUAGUCUAACUGUUUAACAUAUGAAAUGGAAAGCGCAGCAGUUAUAGGA